AUGCACGCGCUGUGGACACUCUUUAUCUUUAGAAAUUUUCAAAGUCAUGGAAAUGGACAACUUACAAAACAAUGCAUUAGGUGUCUCGAUAUAACGAAGGCGUCACGUACCAAGUGCCCGCAUCAAAAACGGAGAUCAGCGUGCAAGGAUUGCGGAGGUGUAAGAAUUUGUGCACAUCAAAAACAGAAAUCAACGUGCAAGGAAUGCGGAGGUGGUGGUAUUUGCAAGCAUCAAAAACAGAAAACACAGUGUAAAAAAUGCAAAGGUUUAAAUAUUUGUGAGCAUCAAAAACAAAGAUCUUAUUGCAGGAAAUACGGAGGAAGUCAAAUAUGCCUGCAUCAAAAACAGAAAUCACAGUGUAAAGAAUGCAAAGGUUCAAAUAUCUGUGACCAUCAGAAACAAAGAUCUCAUUGGAAGGAAUGCGGAGGUGGAAGCAUAUGUAAGCAUAAUAAACGAAAGAGUACAUGUCUAAUAUGCUAUCCUCCUGAGCAUCUCGCUCAUAUUUUUCGGGUUCGAACUAGCCAGGCCCUACAGGUAAACAAGGAGCUCAGUUCCCAAGAUUAUUAA